CUGCAGUCAUCAAAAUAUUGCAAAAAAUAGAAGUCAAACAGAGAAAAGAAAAUAAAACAAAAACAAAUACUGUGGAAAAUUUGCAAGUUGAAACGAGAAAAUUUGUCAUUAUUUAGAUAAGUCGCACAGUUUGUGUUCUGAACACGGUUCGUUCGUAGUGUCUUUGUUCGAUGUGAAUAAGCAAAAGUGUGAUAAAGAAUUUCACCACCAACUUAAGUGAGCCAAAAAAAAUGAAUGGGUAAACGAGAAAUGAAACCGAAACAAGAGUGAAAAUUUAGUGCAAUUUUUUUUUUGAGUGACCUUUGAUCGUAUUUUCGUUUAAAUUUAUAUAUUUCUGUAACGCAUCUGUUUAAAUGCACCAAAAAUACCCACUGAGUCAACAUGACCAGCCAGAAACAACGUUAAAAUGUUCAUUUGUGUAAAACAACUCACUUAGCGAAAAAAAAGAAGGGAAAACAAUGUUUAUCCACAUUUUAUGAUAUUUAUUGAGAUAAUCAAAAACAAACCAAAAAAAAAAAAGUUAUUGAACAUUUGCGCAUCAACCACGAAAUGAAUGUUCUCCAUUAGUCACAUUGGGAUAAUUGGUGUUGUGUAAAUUAGGCGCAGCGGACGAAUUUGUUGACGUAAAUCGAAUGUGUUGUGUUCGACUGUAUCAUAUAGAUGUUUAACCGUUUUGGUGCUGUACGGCUACCACAAAAUCAACAGCAGCAAGAAAAAAAAAAGUCACCAAUACAACGACCCAAACGUAAAACGUACUCAUACAUAAACACAGCGUACGAGUGUGUGCGUGUGUAUAGUAUUUGUAAAUAUGACGGAUGAAAAUAGUAUGCCGCCAUCGAUCACGUCCACCACUGGCUUCGUUAGCGAAUACAAUACAAGCGGUGUGAGUAGCAGCACAGAGCAAUUCAUCAUUUGUUGUAAAGUUUGUGGCUCAUUGAAUGGUUUAAGACGUUGUUCACGCUGUAAAUCAGUCUAUUAUUGUUCGCAAGUGCAUCAACAAGUCGAUUGGAGGGUACAUAAAAUUGAAUGCAAAAAAUUUGCAACUAAUUUAGCAACAAAACAACAAUCAAACGAAUCUUCAGACGCAACGAUGACGGUGGAAACACAGCAGAAUCAUGAUCGAUUAUUGGCCACCAAAAAUGGAGUGACAAAUAGUCUUGUGCCAUCGACCAAUGCAAAUGGUGUGAAAAAGUCGACGAAUGCACAGCAAAAAGACCAAGACCAAUAUAAACGCUUUACGGAGAAUACGAUGCAAGUGAAUAUCAAUCUAAUGGAGAACAGUUUGGCAUCUAGUGAGCUACGCUAUGAUAGCUUAUGCAAACAGAUUAUUCGUGAUAUGAAUAUGUACGGAAUGUGUGUGGUUGAUGAUUUCCUAGGAAUGACAUAUGGAUUGGGCAUUCUGAACGAAGUCCAUGGAUUGUACGCGGCUGGCCUAUUCCAAAAUGGGCAAGUUGCAUCGAAUACGGAUGCCGACGUGAAAACAAUACGCGGCGAUAAGAUAACAUGGGUAAAAGGUACUGAACAACAUUGCCAAUCGAUUGGAUUUCUGAUAAAUCAAAUCGACACCGUUGUGAUAUCCGCAAAUCGAAUGAAAGAUAAUGGCAUGCUUGGCGAAUACAAGAUACGAGAACGAACUAAGGCAAUGGUCGCUUGCUACCCGCCAACUGGUUCCCACUACAUACUACACGUGGACAACCCGAAUCGCGAUGGACGCGUGAUUACCGCAAUUUAUUAUUUGAAUCUUCAUUGGGAUGCUCUACGGAGUGGCGGUUCACUGAGAAUAUUCCCCGAACAUGGGCUGGGAGUAGCAGAUAUCGAGCCGAAAUUCGACCGCAUCAUAUUCUUUUGGUCUGAUCGACGUAACCCGCAUGAAGUGCAGCCAUCACAUCGAACAAGAUAUGCAAUUACUGUGUGGUAUUUCGAUGCGGACGAACGAGAAAUGGCUCUAUCGCAGUACAAAAACUAAAAACACCAAAAAAAGAGAAAAAAAACGAACAUCAAAAUAAUUAAUUCGAGAUUAAAAUUUAGUCAUAAGGAGUUUAUGUAGAGUUAUGUAUUUUUUAGGCUAGAUAAGAUUUUAAACAUUGUUGUAUAUAACAGAUUUAUUUAAGAAAUGUAUUAUUGAUUUAAUUAACACGAAACAUUUUUUUUGUUGAUUUAAUCACGUGUCGCUGAAUACAGAACUGAAUUUUAUUUAAAAAGAAUUGUAUUUUAUUCUGAUGAUUGUAAUUAGUAAAAUUGAGUGAAAUGCAGAAACAAA